AUUGUUAUCUGUGAUAAGGUCACAGAACAUCAAAGAAUUUAAAAGGCAAGGUUAACGAUUUUGAAUUUUAUAAUUAAUCUGAUAAAUCAAGAAAUAUGAAAUAAUUAGUUAUUCCGUUUUGAAUAUAUUAGCCCUUUAUGUUGUCCUGUAGCAGAGUUUGUCACUGCCUCUAGCGAAUUGACUGUAUUUCGUCUACGUUACAAAUAUAAUUCUGAAAACGAAGUCCAACCGAAAUAAUCAACAAAUAACCACUGAUUCCUUAAUUAUGGAGCAGCAGAAACCAAAAGUAACGUUUACUAAUGAGAUAUCUAGAAUGAUGUUUGGAUUUGGUGAUAGUUGCAGUCCAAAUCCAGAAACGGUUCAACUGGUAGAAAAUAUAACUCUGGACCAACUUCGCACUAUAGUUCGAGAAGCAUUAAAGUAUUCUGCAGAUGGAAAAACUUUGAAAGGUGAAGAAUUAAUUUUUUUGAUGAGACAUGAUAAGUACAAAAUGAGAAGAUUCGUGAAAUAUUUGCACAAUAAAGUUUUAAAAAAUAUUCAAACAAGCAAUCUGGCAGAGAUAGACUUGGAUGUGAAACCCAAAGGAUAUUUGAUGGAAUUCAUUCAAAAAAUAGAUGAAACUGGAGAAUUCACAGAUCUGACUGAAAUGGAUGAAGUUAAACAUCAAAGAGAUUUAAGAGCUGAUAGAAUUUCACAAGCAUUAGAUGAAGAACAAUAUUUAGAGUUCUGUAAGGCACGCACCACAUCUUUUUGUAGUAAACAUAUCACUAUGAGGAACUUGGAGAGGCUGAAAAACUGGAUUGACUCUGAUCCUAAUAGUCAAAUUGUGUUUCGACUUGAGGCUUUGGAAGUCCUUGCCUAUUUGGCUUAUCAAACUGUGGCUGAAAUAGUGGAUUAUGCUUUGCUGGUGAGAAUGGACGCAAAUGGUGGUCAUGACCCAUUAAAACAUAUAGCUGGUUCAUAUUAUUCUGCAACAAUGUUUAGUUAUGCUCACAAAUUUGGAGCAUCAAACUUUGACCAUAGCAGAGUAUAUAGUGGUCAAGCAGCAAUUACAGUUAAUGAAAUAAAAGAAGUUAUGAGAAGAGUUCGAUCACCUCAAGCAGGUGUUUUAAACUUUGGUGGAAAACCUCCUGAAACUCGUUACUGUUUUGCACUAUAGAUAAAAUUGCCAUCUGAAGCUUUUCAUUCAUAUAAUAAGUAUUUUGUAAAUAUUUUUAUAUACUGUAUUAUCAUUCUGUGUAAAAUGACUGCCCUAAGAAAUGAACACUUUUUUGCGAUUUUAUUUUAUGGACACCACAAAUUAGGACUGAAUAAUUCAUAAGAAACAAAGCUCAUUUUCUUCUUGCAUUCUUCUCAUUCACAAAACAUAAAUAUUUUUUCAUAAAAAAUAAUUUUUUUUUAUUUAAAAUUUCUUUCAUAUAUUAUGUAGCCCUCAUAUAUCUAGGAGCUGUUUAUUUACAUUAUAGGGGAAGUUUUUUGCAGAUAGGGAAAUUUGUCAUGAGUUUUUUAUUGUAAGAGACUUGGUUGUGUUCUGUUUUUUUGUAGUUUACUAUACUAGAAAUAUCAAAAUAUACAAUUUGUAGCUCAAA